AUGAAUAAAUUUUGUUCUUUGACUUUUCUUACAGAAGAAAGUCCACUAAAAAUUCCUAAAGUAACAUCAUUAUCAUCAUCUACAUUAGCUAGUUUGCGUGGUACACCAACUGAUGGAAAAUUAAAACCAAAUUAUUAUAGUAAAAAAAGUAAAUAUAAAGAUGAUUCAAAUGUUCAAUCACCAACGUUAAGUGGUUCAACACGUACAUCACUGUCACAAGGUCAUUUAACAACUAGUCGUAAAACAUCAUUAGUACUGAGCGAACAACCUAUUGAAUGUAUUGGUUAUUGUAUAAUAAUAUGUGGAACACUUGUUCAUCAUGAACCAGCUAUUACAGCUCCAUUACUUAUGGAUAUCAUUGAAACAAUUGGAAGAGUUGCUGCAUCUCAUAGAUACGCAUGGCAAGAAAAUUCAACUGUUGUUGCACUGGCUAAUUCAACUAGUACUGCACAACAAUUUAUUCAUUACGAAAAAUCAUUACAUACAGUUGCUUUAUCAUGGAAUGAUUUUCCAGAAUUUAAUUCAAUUAUUGCACCUAAAUGGCUUCCUAAUGAUAUAAAUGAACAAAAAUGUCUUUCUCUUGACAUUUCUACAACAUUACUCAGUAAUAUCGCACAAUUUAUGGAAUAUAUUUCGAUUGAUUCACCUAUUCAAUUAUGUACAAGUGUAUUUCUUGAAUUUGAUUUUUUAUUUGAUAAAUUAACACGUAUUUAUACAACAAUUAAAUCUAGUACACCAAUUAAUUAUGCAAAUGUGAGACGUGUUUUUGAUCCAUUUUCAAAAUUAUUAACAUUUAUUUUACAAAAUGAAACAUUUCAAUUAGAACAUAUUAUUCAAUUAUGCUCAAUAAUAAUAACAAAUGGAACGGAACGUAUGAAACAUUAUCUUAAUGAAACAGUUGCAUUUGUUGCUGAUAUUCAUACAAUAACAAAAAUAAAAGUUACAAAAAAAGAUUUUAAGAAAAACAAUCUAUUUUUUUGA